AAGAGAGGAAGAAAGGCUCCCCACUCCUUACUCAUUCUAUCUAAACACCAUGAAAACCCUAACAUCAAUUCUCUCCCUUUCUCUGAUCCUUGUCCUGUUCUUCCCAUCCCCUUCAUUCUCCUCCGCCGUCCGAUGCAACCCGCAGGACAAGAAAGCCCUUCUCACCAUCAAAACAGCCCUUGGCAACCCUUACCACCUUGCUUCAUGGGAUCCCAAAACAGAUUGCUGUGGCUGGUACUGCCUAGAAUGCCAUAGAACUACCAACCGUGUCAUCGCCCUCAACAUUUUCAACGGCGAACUCUCCGGCCAGAUCCCCCCUGCCGUCGGGGAUCUUCCCUACCUCGAAACCCUCUUCUUCCACAAACUACCAAAUUUAGUAGGUACCAUUCCCCAGACCGUUACAAAGCUCACCCGACUCAAAUCGCUCGAAGUCAGCUCCACCAAUAUCUCCGGUCCCAUCCCCGAUUUCCUCAGCCAGCUUAAGAGUCUCAACUAUCUCGAUUUAUCUUUCAAUAAGCUAACCGGUUCGAUCCCUCCUUCGCUCUCCGAGCUGCCCAAUUUAACCGAUCUCCACCUCGACCGGAACAGACUCACCGGCUCAAUCCCAGACUCAUUCGGGAAGUUCAAAGGAACGGUCCCCUCCCUGUAUCUUUCCCACAACCAGCUCACCGGGUAUGUCCCUAAAUCACUAGGGUUCUUGAAAUUCCCCAACCUUGAUUUCUCUCGCAACAACCUCCAAGGUGAUAUUUCCUUCUUGUUCGGCCCCGGCAAGGUGCUUUGGAAGGCCGACUUCUCCAGGAAUUUGUUCCAAUUCGACCUGUCCAAGGUUGUUUUCCACAAAAGCUUGAGUUGGCUAGACUUAAACCACAACAAGAUCUAUGGGAGCCUCCCGCAAGGUCUGACUUCAUUGAACCAGCUGCAGUUUCUGAACGUAAGCUAUAAUAGCCUCUGCGGUAAGAUCCCGGUUGGGGGUAAGCUUCAGACGUUUGAAAACACGGUGUAUUUCAACAACAAGUGCUUGUGUGGGGCUCCAUUGUCGGCAUGCAAGUAACUGGCAUGGGGAUGAUCAGAUCAGGUAAGGUAAGGUUAUGUUUCCUUAAGCUGUAAAAUAAAAGAUUAUGAUAUCCUCUCUGUUGGAAGGUGCAUGUUUAUUAUUAUUAUUAUUAUUAUCUAAUUGUGUUUCUACUGUAUUUCAAUUAGCAGUAACUAGUAACUGCAACAAGUGUUUGUUUGGUUUUUAAGUGUUAUUAUUAUUAUUAUGGUUUAAUGGAAACUUAUUAAAUAAAUGUUUGUAAUCAUA